AAAUCCAUUGCUGCGUUUCAUGAAGUUUCGAUGCGUUGCCCGGCUCCUAUGUUUUUCCCGGUUGAGAUUGAGCGAAGAUUUGGGAUCAUAACAGUAACAUAGGAAGAUAAUCGAAUUGAUGGCGGUCACCGGAGACGAAGCUGCAACGGUAGGAGAAGGAGCAGGUCAUACUCGCAGUCCCAUUUCUGACGGUAACCCAAAUCCAAACUCAAACCCUAACCCUAACCCUAACCGGCCACAUGCCCCCAGAGGAUCCAAAGGAAAAUCGUGUAAGGGAUGCGCGUAUUACUCAUCCAUUCAUAAAGCCAAAUCUAAAAAUCCCACAUGCGUUGGCAUCUCUGGAACACUCGAGCAAGUGCCCCCUUAUGUUGUGGGAGAAACUGAGUUGGAAGCUUCGAAAAAGGGCCGUAGCUUUACAAAUUUCAAGUAUGCUUGUAUUGGGUACUCUGUCUACUUAGACAACAAAGAUUCAUCAACUGACUCGCAGGAUAAAACAGCAAAACUGCCCUUUUGUGUUGGACUUGAGGUGGUCUUGGAAGAGAAAGCUUCAACUUCACCUGCUGACCGAGUUCCUGCUACUCAUAAAACUGAGGAACAUGAACUACGAAGACAAAAAUCUCCAAUUUCUAAAACAGAAGAUUUCUUUAACAGGUUUCAAAAAAAUGCGGGCCUGGUGGCAUCCGGUGUUGCCAAAAACUUGAAUAGAGUGGGCAACUAUGUAAAAGAGACCGUAGAUGAUAUUCUAAAUAGGCGACCGAAGUGAAGCUGGCGAUUGUUAUUCUCGUGUCCGAAAUAAUUUCAAUUUUACACAUUGGACAUUUUCUUUUCAUGCGGUCAAUUUAUUAUUUUGAUUACUGGUAGUGUAUCUAGCAAUCACUGUGCUUUAAAUGUAUAUUUUCUAAACAGUUAUUCAUGUAAUAAAAUUGCAUCAUCAUCCCAAAGUUUAUGAUGAUUCCUUUUAGGUAGUUUGUUCUAUUUAACUCCUUUGUGGUCUCCCAAUGUAGUCAUGAAAAUUGUGCUGGUGUCACAGUGGCCCUUUGUUUUUUUAAAUGGAUUGACAAAAGCCCGAAGAGGUCGAUAAAGUUGUCCACUAAAUUGGCUU